CACUCAAAUUUCUAAUCUCUCUUUGCUUUUCAUUAGAGAUGGAUUUUGUGAAGAAGUGUAAGAGGGUAUUGGGAAGCAACAAGAGAUUGUAUGAUUCAGAAGAAAGUUGUGGAAGUGGAAGAAGCUAUGGCAAAAUAUCAGAAAAUAAGUGUUACAAAAAACAAAAGGAUAUUAAUAAGAGACCACCAAAUGGUUGUCUUUGUGUAUAUGUUGGAUCUGAGAGACAAAGAUUUGUGAUAAAGAUCAAAAUAUUUAAUCAUCCUUUGUUCAAAACACUUUUAGAAGAUGUUGAGAAUGAAUAUGGUUAUACAAAUGAUGGUCCUUUAUGGCUUCCUUGUCAUGUUGACUUGUUUUGUGAAGCACUUUUGGAGAUAGAGAGUGCUAUGGAUCACAAGCACAACUCAGUUUCACAUUCUUCACUGUCUUGUCGUUCUAAUUAUAACUUGAGUUCUGUUGCCAAUUAUGAGAUUUUGUUGUGAAGUUGUAAAAAUUAACAUAAGAUAGAGUAGAUCAGUCUUAAUGGCUUUUAAAGUGAAAUAGAUCAUUAUCCUUGUCUUCAUGAUAUAAAUUUUUUCUUUUUAAAAUUUUCUUCUAGGAGGGGAAAGAGCUUGGUUAAGCUCUCCUUUGUAAAGGAAAGAUUAAUUUUAUCAA